AUGACCGCUUUUAAUACCUUGAUGAACCAUUCAAGCAAGGACCCAGGAACUUCUUCCCUGAAGGCAAGGAAGCCCAAGACCGUCAACAGCAGCGUCAAGCCGGAUCUGAUAAUCAGAAUUGGUAUUAAUAACGGUACUGAAUUUAGAAAUAUCCCGCUCACUACAUCCCAGUUUCUAGACGCAUAUUCAAAAGGUAAGUGGAACUUGUCCAAUGUGCCCUGUCCACCUUGUAUGGAGCCGGUUGGAUUUUUGAAGGCUCCCGAAUGCUAUAGAGAAUCACUCCGCAGAGAGCCAGUUCUCAAGUAUUCCAAACUUGACCAUUGGAAUGACAAGAGCAUAUUCAAGAAAAUUAUUGUUAGACUUAGAAAGACUUUCAAUGUUAGUGGCGUUUCCAUUUCAAUUAUAGACAACACAAAAACUAUGAUCAAAAUCGAAACGCUGUUGAAUGUGAGCGAGAUUCCCAGAGGCGUCUCUAUAGAUUGUCAUGCUAUUCUAUCACAGGGAUACUUUCUUAUUUUGGAUACUACAAAGGAUUGGAGAACAUCCCAGAAUCCGUUUGUUACUGGACUACCAUUUAUUAAGUUCUACUGCGGUGUGCCAUUGUUAACCCAGACAGGCGAAGCCAUUGGCGUAUUAGCUAUUUUUGAUUCGUUCGCGAAGCCAACGUUUUCAGAAGAGAAUUGUCAUAAGCUUCAGGACAUCAGCAAAGAGGUCGUGGAGAUGUUGGAUACACCAAGCGAAACCUUCACAAAAGCAAAGAAGUCAAAUGAGAGCAACCUUCAAUUGGACAAUGAAUUAAAUGAGUUGAACCAACGGCUUGGAAGAGCUACCAGCACGAAGUCCUUACUCAAGACUGUUUUUGAAAAAGAUGGUUCAGGUGGUCCGUACUCCCAAAACCACAAUUUUAGAUUUAACAGGAUACUAAAAGGCGAAGAUAAUAAAAUGCAACACAAGAUAAUCUGGGAUAAGCUAUUCCGUAUUGGUUCGUUGAAAAAUGCGGCAUCAUCUUUGGCUAACAGUAUCUCAAUUAUCUAUAAAAUUGAAUUGGUCUAUUUCAUUGAAAUAAGAAUUGCUGAACCGUACCAGACAGCACCAGAAUACUUCCCUGCUAAUGAGGUGAAAAUCGAAGCUGAAAAUUACCGUCAUGCCAAUAAAUUGAUCAAAAAAGAAAACCAGGAAAGUGAGUACAUGAGUAGAAUCAUUGGAGGUAACUCUAGUGCAACUUUUUGCCUCGACAAUUCGAUUUUGUACAAAGCCUUCACAUCAGAAUUCGGAGUUGAGUACAUCAACAAGGUGACAAAAUACAAGUACAAUAAGGGAAUCAUAAUGCCGUUCUACAGAAACAACUCCAAGCUUGUUCGCAAAUCACAAGCAUCUGACAAAAAGCCCCGAAGUUGUAUCUGA